AUGUCGAAUAUUAAUCAGAGCCUUGCAACUGGAGACGAUGAGAAAGACAGAUUUUUGUUUACUUCUGAGUCCGUUGGUGAAGGCCAUCCAGAUAAGAUUUGUGACCAGGUCAGUGACGCCAUCCUGGAUGAAUUCUUGAAGGCAGAUCCUGACGCAAGGGUAGCAUGCGAAACAUUUACAAAAACCGGCAUGAUCCUUAUUGGUGGUGAGAUUUCAUCUACCGCCACGAUCGACUUUCAGUCAGUUAUUCGACACGUCAUCGAGCGGAUCGGGUACGAUGAUUCGCGUAAAGGAUUUGAUUACAAAACGUGUAAUGUGCUCACAGCAAUCGAACAGCAAAGUCCUGAUAUCGCUCAAUGUGUUCACGAGGGUCGCACAAUUGAAGAGUUGGGUGCUGGUGAUCAGGGACUCAUGUUUGGCUAUGCAACUGAUGAGACCGAAGAAUGUAUGCCCUUGACCAUCGUUCUAGCUCACGCUCUGAAUGAGCGCCUUGCUAUUUGCCGUCGAGAUGGUACUCUCCCCUGGGCUCGGCCGGAUUCAAAAUCACAGGUAACAGUGGAGUAUUUGAAGGACAAGGGUGCUUGUGUACCACUUCGUGUUCACACAGUAGUUAUAUCCAUCCAACACGACCAAUAUGUCAGUCUGGAACGCCUUCGCUCUGAGGUAAUGGAACACGUUGUACGACAGGUGAUUCCAUCACAUUUCCUCGACAAAGACACUAUAUAUCAUAUCAACCCCUCCGGUCGCUUCGUCAUUGGUGGACCACAGUCUGACGCCGGUCUAACAGGUCGAAAGAUAAUUGUGGAUACUUAUGGAGGCUGGGGAGCACAUGGUGGAGGUGCAUUCUCGGGUAAAGACUGCUCCAAAGUCGACAGAUCGGCUGCGUAUGCCGCUAGGUGGGUGGCCAAGUCUCUUGUUAAGGCUGGUCUCUGUCGGCGUGUUCUUGUGCAAUUGUCUUACGCCAUUGGUAUCGCGGAACCACUAGCUGUAUACGUAGACAGUUAUGGAACGGGAAAAAUGCCAGACUCCGAACUCCUACGGAUUGUGAAGGAAAACUUCGACCUCCGUCCAGGUGUCAUAAUAAAAGAACUUGGUUUGCAAUCGCCAAUCUACUUUAAGACAGCCACCUAUGGUCACUUUGGUCGAAAGGACUUCCCUUGGGAAAACCCAAAGCUGCUGCGUAUAUACCCUCGGGAUACGCUAGACAAUUAA